AUGCAGCUACGUUACCUGCGGGCGGUGGUCCGGCAGGACGUGGAGUACUUCGACCUCAAGGCGGGAUCCACGUCGUCGGAGGUGAUCACCAGCGUCUCCAACGACAGCCUCGUCGUGCUGGACGUGCUGAGCGAGAAGCUGCCCAACUUCGUGGUGAGCGUCACCACGUUCGUGGCCAGCUACACCGUCGGGUUCGCGCUGCAGUGGCGGCUCACGCUGGUGGCGCUGCCGGAGCAGUACAGGCGCCCGGGCGCCAUCGCCGAGCAGGCGAUCUCGUCGGUGCGCACCGUGUACUCGUUCGUCGCGGACAGGAGCACCACGGCGCGGUUCUCGGCCGCGCUGGAGGAGCUGGUACGGCUUGGGCUCAAGCAGGGGCUCGCCAAGGGCGUCGCCGUCGGCAGCAAUGGCAUCACCUACGCCAUCUUCGCCUUCAACAUUUGGUACGGCAGCCGGCUUGUCAUGCACCACGGCUACAGGGGCGGCACCGUCUACAUCGUCGCCGUCGUCAUUGUACACGGAGGCGUAGCGCUGGGGUCGGCGCUGUCGAACAUCAAGUACUUGUCGGAGGCAAGCGCGGCGGCGGAGAGGAUCACGGAGCUGAUCAGGCGAGUGCCCAAGAUAGACUCGGAGAGUGCCACCGGCGACGUGCUGGACAACGUCACCGGCGAGGUGGAGUUCAGGAACGUGGAGUUCUGCUACCCGUCGCGACCCAAGAGCCCAAUCUUCGUCAACUUCAGCCUGCACGUGCCGGCCGGGUGCUCGGUGGCGCUGGUGGGCGCCAGUGGGUCAGGCAAGUCGACGGUGAUCGCGCUCCUGGAGCGCUUCUACGACCCGUCGGCCGGAGAGGUGACCCUGGACGGCGUCGACGUCCGGCGGCUGCGGCUCAAGUGGCUACGCGCGCAGAUGGGGCUUGUCAGCCAGGAGCCGGCACUGUUCGCGACGUCGAUCAGGGAGAACAUACUGUUAGGCAAGGAGGACGCCACGGAGGAGGAGAUCAUAGCUGCGGCGAUGGCGGCCGACGCCCACAGCUUCAUCUCGCAGUUGCCGCAGGGCUACGACACUCAGGUGGGUGAGCGUGGUAUCCAAAUAUCUGGAGGACAGAAGCAAAGGAUUGCUAUUGCCAGAGCAAUCCUAAAAUCACCUAAGAUCCUUCUUCUUGAUGAAGCCACUAGUGCACUAGACACGAAAUCAGAACGUGUUGUGCAUGAGGCGCUUGAGUUAGCCUCCAUGGGACAAACUACUAUUGUUGUCGCACAUCGUCUCUCCACUGUCCGAAAUGUCGAUAUAAUUGUUGUCAUGCAGAAUGGUGGGGUUAAGGAGAUGGGAUCACAUGAUGAUCUCAUUACCAAUGAGAAUGGCCUCUAUUCAUCUCUUGUCCACCUUCAGCAGACCAGAGAUUUAACAGACACCAACAAGGUUGGCGGAAUUGCAAGCCAAAGUAUGAGCAGAGAUUUCUUAACAGCUAGUAGGACAAGCUCAACAUGGUCAAUUUGUGAUACAAAACAUGAUGAUAACAAAGAUAAUUCAAACCUUCCUGUUCCAUCCUUUAUGACAAUACUUAUGCUUAAUGCACCAGAGUGGAAGCAGGCGUUGAUAGGAAGCUUCAGUGCAAUUGUGUUUGGAGGCAUACAACCAAUAUUUGCAUAUUCCAUUGGAAGCAUGAUAUUUGUCUACUUCUCAACAAAUCAUGAAGAGAUCAAGGAGAAAACAAGGACUUUUGCACUUAUUUCCAUCAGCCUUGCAAUUCUUUCAUUCUUAACUAGUAUUGGGCAACAUUAUAACUUUGCUUCCAUGGGGGAAUUCCUAACAAAGAGGGUCAGAGAACAAAUGCUUGCAAAAUUUCUCACUUUCGAGAUUGGGUGGUUUGACCAUGAUAAGAAUUCUAGUGGUUCCAUACGCUCACAACUUACUGGAGACUACAACAUUGUGAGGUCACUCCUGGGUGAUCGAAUGUCUCUAGUCAUCCAGACAGUUUCUGCAGUUGUAACUGCCUACAUCAUGGGUCUGGUUAUAGCUUGGCGUAUGGCCCUCGUCAUGAUAGCAUUACAACCCAUUAGCAUUGUUUGCUUUUAUGCCCGCCAUGUUUUACUGAAGAGCAUGUCCAAGAAAUCAAUGCACGCACAAGAUAAAUGUAGUAAGCUAGCUGCUGAGGCUGUCUCUAAUCUUCGGACCAUAACUGCUUUCUCAUCCCAGAACCAUGUCUUGUGCCUCUUUGACCAAGCACAAGAUGGUCCACGCAAGGAAAGCAUCCGACAGUCCUGGUUUGCAGGCAUCAUCCUUGGCACCUCCAUGGGCCAUUUGAAAUGCACGUGGGCACUCACCUUGUGGUAUAGUGGCAUGCUCAUGGCUGGGCACCAUAUUACAGCAAAGGCCUUCUUCCAAACCUUCUUGAUUUUAUUAACCACAGGACGUGUGAUUGCAGAAGCAGCCCUGAGGGAUAUAAACCAGAGAAGCUCAAAGAGAGGUUCUAUGACCCAAACUAGCGGGGUAGUAGAGAUUGACCUUAAAGACAUCAAAACAUACAAUCUUCGUGCCUUGCGACGACAUAUUGGACUGGUCAGCCAAGAGCCAACACUAUUUGCAGGUACCAUUAGGGAGAACAUUGUGUACGGCAAAGAAGCAGCUAGUGAAGAAGAAAUUGAGAAUGCGGCAAGGUCAGCAAAUGCACAUGACUUCAUUAGCAACCUCAAGGAUGGAUACGAGACAAGGUGUGGUGAGCAAGGUGUUCAACUGUCAGGAGGGCAGAAGCAGCGCAUUGCAAUCGCCCGUGCAAUAUUGAAGAACCCUGCUAUCUUGCUCUUAGAUGAAGCUACUAGUGCAUUAGACAACCAGUCUGAGAAGGUGGUCCAAGAGGCAUUGGACCGAAUGUUGGUCUGA